AUGGCAGACAUCCCAUUCACGCCCCUGUACAUCGACGGCCGGCAUCGCCCGGCGAAUCCACCAGCCACUUUCGACGUGCGGAACGCCUACUCUGGGGAUGUCGUGACCAGAGCAGCCAGUGCCUCCGCGCAGGACUGUAACGACGCAGUCGAGGCUGCCGUGCGCGCCUUCCCCGCCUGGGAGCGCUCCUCGUACGCGGAGAGACGCGAUUACUUUCUCAAAGCGUCCGAGCUUUUGAAGGCCGAGAAGUACCGGAAGAAGUUCAAGGAGGCGUUUCAGCAAGAGACGUGCGGCGUUGACUACCUGGUUGACCUAAAUCUGCAUAUCACGGAUUCCAUGCUGCGAUGGACUGCUAGCCUGGUGACGGAGCUCAAGGGGGAGACUUUCCCGUCUGUUAUUCCUGGAGGACAAGUCGUGAUACAUCGAAGAGCGCAGGGCGUCAUCCUGGGGAUCGCACCGUGGAACUCGCCGUUGAUAUUGACCCUUCGUGCUAUGGCUAUCCCGAUGAUUUGUGGAAACACUGUGGUCCUCAAGUCUUCCGAAGUAAGCCCGCGGACGCAAUAUGUCAUCGCUGAGCUUUUCCACGAGGCGGGAUUGCCGGCAGGUGUCCUGAACUUUGUCCACGCGUCUAAGGAUGAUGUGGCAGCAAGAACCUUCCAGUUAAUUGCACAUCCUGCAGUGAAGAAGAUCAACUUCACUGGUAGUGAUCGCGUUGGAAGAAUACUGGCUCAGGAAGCUGCCAAAUACCUCAAACCCUGCGUUUUCGAACUCGGUGGAAAGUCCCCUGCGGUGGUCCUGGAAGAUGCCGAUAUAGAACGCGCUGCACGAGCAAUCACCUCCUCGACGCUUGUCCACUCAGGCCAGAUUUGUAUGUCGACCGAGCGCGUCAUUGUCCAGCGGAAGGUCGCGCCACAGCUCAGAGAGGCCCUUGUCAAGAGAUUCAGCCAGUAUAGAUCCGGCGGUCCUGGAGAGGACCUUUCUGCGCAAUUUGCCGAGGGAUCGGCUGAGAACAUUGUCUCCAUGCUUCAAGAAGCGAAGGAUAAUGGAGCAACGUUCCUCGUGGGCGAUGGGACACGUGCGGGGGCCAAUGUACACCCUCAUCUCGUCUCAGGCGUGAAGCCGGGGAUGAGAUUAUGGGAGUGCGAAAGCUUCGGCCCAAUCGCAAUCCUUACAGAAGUCGAUACUGUAGACGAGGCGGUCGAACUAGCGAACGCCACCAAUUAUUCCCUGGCAGGGGCAGUCUGGACGAAGGACGUGAACAGCGCAAUGGACGUUUCCAUGCGCAUCCGAGCAGGUUGCGUGAACGUCAACGGACCCACGUUCCAUGUGGAGGACGCCAGAGAGCAUGGCGGUCUCAGCGGAGCGUCGGGCUAUGGGCUAUUCAGUAUGACCGAUUUCACUGACCAGAGGAUCGUGGUUAUCCAUCCGGCGAAUCCACCUCCGUAUAUGCUGGUCGGCUGA